AUGGGUGGAAUCGAAAGCUGUUGCGGUCCUCGCCAGCGCUUGCAGGAAGCUCCUCCGAGCGAGUGGCUGGACAGUGCAGCCCGGCAGCCAGCUGCUCAAGAAGCUAAGGGACACAGGCCGCAUGCGACGGAGCAAGAGGAGGCGGCGAGUUGCCCUUGGGAUCCUGAGCCGCGUGGUGAAGGUGAAGAGGAGCAAGAGGAAGUGCUUCGCUUGGUGGAGCGAAGCACCUUCCUAACCUAUGAGCCGGUGGCUCCACCUCAUGUGGCGCUACAGCGCUCGCGCAGCGAGCCUGGGUUCCUCAGCGCUUGCGAGAAGAGCAUCGAUGCGGGGCAGGAGUUUCAGAAGCCCCAGGAGCCUCAACAGCCGGAGCCCCAGCCGGCUCAGCUGGGUCCGGGCAAGUCGUAUGAGCACAUCCACGCCUAUGGGCCGUGCCACCCGACGGAUAGCCCUUUCGAGCCGCCGGCCUACGGGGAGCUGCCCGCCUGGGCCUGGGAGCAGAGGGCGGUGCGGCGCCGCACCCCGCGCUUCAAACUUCUGAACGCGAUCCGACAACCGAACGGGGAGACAAAAUGGGUCCCGUUCCCAUGA